AUGACUGAGCACAAUGCAGUCAAUAGGAAAUACCUACAAGUUUUGGAGAAAGAAUAUGAAGCUUACCAAAAAUCGCCUAAGUUUUCAUUGAACUCGGAGGAGCUUUUUUGUGUUUGUAGGAAACCUGACCAUGGUGAACUGAUGGUGGCUUGUGAUGGUUGCGAUGAAUGGUACCAUUUCAAAUGUGUGGGCAUUGAGAAAAAGUACAAGGAUUUGGUAAACAACUAUUACUGUCAAUUUUGUGAUCUACUCCUUCAUAGAGGCAAGUCUGUCUGGAAAAGAAAGUGUAAGUUAGACUCAUGUUACAAACCAAUUGCUGGACAAAGUCAAUUUUGUUCUGCCGAGCAUGGCAAGAUAUAUUGGAAUAUUAUACUGCAUAAGUUUGAAGAGACGAAUCAUUCUUCCGAAGUCGAUAUAGCAGAAGUUGUGAAUAGGCAGCAAGUUGAAAAUUUACUUCAGCACGUUCAGUCACGAAAUCAAUUGAACGAGAUUGGAAACGAACUGCCUCUAUUUGAUAAAGAACAGUUAAAAGUUACAGGCUCACAAUUUUCUGAACUAAAUGCAAACAAGGAGAAACUUCGUAUGCUAGAAGAAAAUAUCAACAUUUUGCGAUCUAAAUAUCAAUACCUUAUGAAACUUCAGAAUGUCAUAACUCAAGUAAGUGAUAUAUUGACAACGUCACUUGAUCCUAAUUCUAUACAGUAUAAUGCAGAAAACCCAGAUGGCAAUACCGCAAUAAAACAGCACCGUAAAUCAAAGUCUAGGAAGUUCAAAGUCGACAUUUGCGGAUUUGACGAAAAUUUGCUUCUGAAUGAUAGCCAAUGGCCGGAAUUCUGUGGAACGGAGCAUUACAACUUGAUCUCUAACUUCACUGUAUGUUCCGAACUAGACCGUGAACUCAUUGUUCAAUAUUAUAAAUCCCCAGAGCCGUUUGACGAUGAAAGCUCGGGUACUUUUAUGAGUCUCCUUCGAAAGUUGUGUCUUUCAGAUAAAGGUAAAAAAUGCCAUUUACAUGGGGGGUGGUUCACUAUAUAUAAGUAUGGUAUUGAUUUAAAAUUGAAAGAAAAAGAGCAGGAAAAAAACGAAAUCAUCGAACUAAACGAAAAACUGAUUAAGAUGAUUCAAAUCAAGAAUUGGAGGCUUUAUUGCGAUGAUCUUUGA